GGGGGCGGUGCUACGUUCCGGUUCCGGUUCCGGUUCCGGUGUCUGUGGCUGGCCAGCCCGGGGGGCGCUCGGGUGGGACUUCACUUCAGUGGCCUCCCCGAAGAGCAGGUUAUCUGUGUAGCAGCCAAAAACACAGUACAGAGCUCUCUAGCUCUGUGAUUUAAGCUUCUUCAGGAACAGCUACACCCAAAAUGUCACAUCACCUGAAAUUUAUUGCCAGAACAGUGAUGGUCCAGAAUGGGAAUGUGGAUGCUGCUUACAGGACACUAAGCAGAAUUCUAACAGUGGAUGGGAUCAUUGAGGAUGCCAAGCGGCGCCGGUACUAUGAGAAACCAUGCCGCAAGAGGCAGCGGGAGACCUACGAGAUGUGCCGGCGGAUUUAUAACACAGAGAUGGCCAGGAAGAUUGCAUUUCUAAUGAGGAAGAAUCGACAGGACCCCUGGCUAGGCUGUUAGGUCCAAAGAAUUACCAUAGCUGGGGAAACAGCCCAGUGACUUCUUUUUAAAAAACAAAAAAAAAAAACCAAAAAACCCCCCAAAACACACCACUGUCAGAUCUGAUCGCCUCAUUGCUAGUUUCAGCCAAGAGGCCAAUGACUGAAUGAGUCAUGGAGACUGAUCUCCCUUCUUCACCAGGGCAGGACUGAAGGACAUCAUACCAUAGAAUCUCUGUUUCUGAGAAGUUGCCAUGUUGUGUCUUUCUAUCUGUUAAUAAAGUGACCAUUUUAGCA